AUGUCGAAGUCGACUCUGAAUAAGGCUCGUCACAUUAAGUAUUGGCUCCGUUGCUUAAAAACGUUCCUGCCAACUGCAUUUACAUCCAAUGACUCUCAACGCAUGACCUUUGCCUUCUUCACACUCUCUGCUCUCGAUCUACUCUCUGCAUUAGAAGAGCAUACUACAGAAGAAGAAAGGACUGGUUACAUAGAUUGGAUCUACUAUUGCCAACACCCGGAAGGUGGGUUCAAAGGCUUCACCGGCGCAGAUGGCGGGGAUAACGCCACAGAGGAGGGCAAAUUUUGGGACCCAGCUAAUCUGGCCGCAACCUUUUUUGCGCUCUCUUCAUUGAUGGUAUUAGGCGAUGAUUUCGGUAAGGUGAAAAGGAGGGAAUGCCUUGAGUGGGUGAGAGGAUUACAACAGGACGAUGGAAGUUUUGGGGAAGCCAAGGGAAGAAGAGGUAGUAUAGAAGGUGGUGGUGAUGUCAGAUGGUGUUAUCUAGCUGCUGCAGUACGGUGGAUGUUAAGAAAAGGAUAUAUGGAACACACGAGUGACAUCAAUGCAGACGCAUUAGAAAAUUACGCUAUCUUCGACAUGAAUGAAGCCAAUACUGAAACUGGUAGUCGUAUGAAGGGGGCAUAG